GUGGUAUGGUUUCCUUUUCUCUACUGCCAAUAGCCACAUUUCAAAGUAGAAUGGCGACAGCUAUAUGUGGUCUUCAGUCGAUUGGCAGCAGCAGCAAACCAGCCAAAACACACCGAGAGCAGCGAAGGAGAACCAAAGACUCCAAAAGGAGACAGGCGGCUCUGUUGUUUCUCAACAAUAUCUCACUCGACGGACGGCCUCAGUAUCGCUUUAACGAUGAAAAUACUAAUCGAAAAAGCACAGAGGAACAGCGACUCGGGGACGCCGCCGCAGCUCUCACGUCCCCUCCGCCAGAUAGCCAAGGGUCAGUGUCGCAGGUGACAGACACCGCUCCGUCGGCUGGAAGCUCUUUCUCCAGUUUCGCUGGAGUCCUCAGUCCUACAGUGAGGUCUGCCGAGGCAGCUGUCAUCGGUACCAACGAGGUGUUUUUCGAGGGUGGUGUUACAGUUGAGAGCCCAGACACCCCUCUGUCCCCCUUUACCGGCGGGCAGCAGCAGACCUCCUCCCGAGGCAGGUCAACCCCCGCACUGAGCCCUCUGCCGGUCGUCUCUUCUCUGGAUUCUCGACCCAGAUUGAGGAAUGUGUCUGGUUCUCCUGGACCCAAGGGGCCAAAGAAGGUCCACUUCAUCAAGAACAUGAGGCAGUAUGACACCAGGGGAUGUAGGAUCAUGCUGAUUUGUGCCAAGCGGUCGCUAUAUGCUGCUUUCUCAGUACUGCCCUAUGGAGACAUAUCUCACCUCAGUGAUACCAAACAAGAGGCACAGAGAAGGCAGUCCUCUGUGGUGGCAGCUGACCUGCUUCCCUCCCUGGAAGGCGUGGAGCUGGACGCAUGUGGCCAAACUGUGUCAUAUGCUCAGUUCCUCUAUCCAACUAACGCCUUGAUGAGACAGAAGAGCAGCAGCAUGCCAGAAACCUGCACGGCCCAGACCCCGCCCAUGCGUUUUCGUGGCAACGGUCUGAGGCACUUUACGCCUGCACGCCUCAAUAACGCUGUGGCACAAGAAGCAUGUGUCGAGGAGGUGGUAGAGUAUGACCCCAACCUGCUCAGUGACCCUCAGUGGCCCUGCGGGAGACACAAGAGAGUUCUGACAUUUGCAUCAUAUGUGACAACUGUUAUCGAGUAUGUAAAACCAUCAGACCUGAAGAAGGACAUGAAUGAGACUUUCAAGGAGAAGUUCCCACACAUCCUGCUGACACUCAGCAAGAUAAGAAGCCUGAAGAGGGAGAUGCGGGCCGUGAGCGAGGAGUGCGCUCUCCAGCCGGUCACCAUAGCGAUGGCGUUCGUUUACUUUGAGAAGCUGGUGCUGCAGGGUCGCCUCAACAAGCAGAACAGGAAGCUGGUGGCCGCGGCGUGCGUGCUGCUAGCAGCUAAGAUCAGCAGUGAUCUGAGGAAACCUGAAGUCAAACAGCUCAUUGACAAGCUGGAGGAGCGUUUCCGUGUAAGCAGACGGGAGUUGGUUCCUCUGGAGUUCCUGGUGCUGGUUGCCUUGGAGAUGGGACUCUACUUGCCUGAGAGCAAGGUCAUGCCACACUACCGCCGACUGGUGCAGCAAGGCUAGACUGGAGCACACUGUAGACAUUAUGGUUGGGUGUUAUUUAUUAUUUCUGUAUUUCUCUGGUGUGUGGAGUUUACUGUAUAGCGUUUGUGCGUGUGACCAUGUCGCUUUAGUCCUGAGCUCUACAUUAGAGACAAAUCACAAGCACAUUUAUGUGCUUCAUUUUGAUGUUUUUGUGGUUGAACUUUAGUGAGUUCUGAACUGUGCUCUUUUUGGAUUCUGCACCUUUUGCCAUUUCUAGAGAUUUUUUUUUAAAUCAAGGAUUCAUACUGUUGAUUUUUUAACCCCACUGUGACACUGAUGCAGUUUUAGCUUUUUGAAUAAACAUGGUAUUGCAGAUAGUGACAAAUGUGUCACAUUUUGACAUGUAUCUCAUGGCAGCUCUGUGCUCAUAUUAUAAUAUGUUCAUCUCCACUUUAACUGAGUUUACCUGUAAGGAUGACUAUGAAUUGUGUGUUUGACGCAACACACUGGGAUUUACUCCUCUGUGUGGCUCAUUUGCACAUAUUUUAUUUCUCAGGAAUUUUGCUUUGUGACAUCUUUAGCUGUCGUGUAAAAGCAAACCCAAAGAACAGUCAUCAGCGCUCCAAAGGGGAGAUGGUGUUGUAACUCAAUGUCAGAUGUAUAAAAGUGCCUAUAACUCCAGUGGCAGUGACCUUGUUGAUGUUUCAGUCGUGCAGAUUGUUCAGUGGAAACUAAAGAAAUAGUCAUUUCUGAUGUUGUGGUGUUUCUGUAAACAUCUAAAUAUGUAAAACUACUGAAAAUGUUCCUGAAUGUCGGUGUAAAACAAGUUAAGGAAAUCAUUUUGUAUUGUUGAGUGAAUUAAAAGCAACUAAAUGCAGAUUGUUUGCUGUUAUGACUUUAUAUAAACUUCAUGACAUCUGGUGGUUUCUUCCUUUUACUGCUCACUUGCAGACAUGCAACAUUGUGUAAUAUAUUUAUUAUUCAAAUGUGUUAAAGCUGUGACAGCUAAAUAAAUACAUAUUUUCCAGAAGGGUUAUUAGUCCAAGCUCAUGUCCUCAUCAUCGUCCUUUUUGUCUUUGGAGUCUCCGCCGUCUUCGGACGUCGUCUCAGUCUCCAUUGCUUUUGCAAAAGCCUCCACAUCUGUGUAAAAAUGUCAAAUGUUCAUAAUUUUGUUUUUUUGGGGACGAUGAAUUGUAACGCCUGCAUGCUUACACACGGAGACUGUUCAUCGCUGUGGUUAUAGUUUGCACUGCAUCAUUUCUACUAAGUAAGUAACCAAAAAUUACAUACAGCCUGGCUGUGAUCAUAAUUAGGUCAGCACUUGAUUACAUGCCUUUGGUUGUAUGCUACCACUAAUUCCAUGAUUGUGGUUGUUUGCAUGCAUUGUAAU